AUAAUGCGAGUCGAUCCUGGAAUACGCAUUGAGCGUGUGCCGAAGGAGAAGGAGAUUGCAAACAUCAAGAUACCAUGUUCUUUCUCCGACGAUGGUUCUCUCUCCGAUGAUGAAGUCGAUCCGCCUUCUCCUAAGAAGCCAAAGAUUGAAGAGGAAGAAGGAGAUGACGUAGGAAGUAAGAGCGAUUCCGGAAACAGCAGUCCUAAAUGGGACAUCGCCAGAGAAGCGGCAUACGAUAAGUACAUGGCGUAUGUCGAAGAGCAUCAAGGGUUUGAUGUGAAUCUGGACCUUCUUCCUCCAUUUGGUUUUCCCGGGUACCUUGGCAUUUAUCCUGUGGACUUUGGAGAUCGCGGAUCUACAUUAUCGGUUAAAGAGGCCACAUUCCUCGCCAUUAAGAGAUACAAUCAACGUGCUCAGGGUUGACAGUUGGAAUUAGAUAAAAUAAUAAAGGUUAAUGGAAGCGCAACCAUAUACUAUAUACUACGUAACUUUUUUGGCUAAAGAAGUUAACACUGGGAAAUACAGAAACUAUCAAACAAAGGUGUUCCAUAUGCUCUGGGCUGGUGGACGCAAAGUUCGUACUAGAGUUUUCUUUGUGAGGCCAGAACCAGAACCAGGUACCCGAAAAGAAGGGAAUGCAAUAAACGUAAUACGAAGUAUGCUAUAUAUGUAUAUGUAUGUAUACGUGUGUGUGUGUGUGUCUCCCUUAUAUAAUAAGAGCCAUCUCCGGUUAGCAUAGUUCUUUUUCCGCUAACUCAAGUCAUAUAUUUGUGUUGCAAGCAUAAUUAUCAUGGCGCACGGCGAACGUCAUGGUGCAGGGGCCGUUUACCAUGGCGAUGGUGAUGGCGCAAUUGUGGCGAUAGGGCAAUUCACUAAAACUAAGAAGUAUAUAUAUGACCUAUAGAAAUUGUAGUAGUAUGACUUAACCACCAAUAAAAGAGAUAUAACCAAACUAAUACUUCGUACCAUAAUACAUACUUCAAUAUACAUAAUCCUCCUACAUAACAUACAGUAUAGUAGUAUACAUACAUAUUAUACACAUAAUAUAACAUACAUAAUAUAUCGCUUGUAAUGCAUUAACAUGUAGGCCGAGUGAUAAGGAACCCACAUAUUCCAGCCAACACAUCAACAACCAUGAUGAAAUAAAGAUAAGGAUGAUAUGUAUAGCAGAAUAAUAUAGUAUUAACUCGAGAAAAAAUACUAUAAGUCUUAACCGGUUAAGAGAAGUCCAAGAAGAAAGGAGAAAAUAAUAACUGUUCAUACUCUAGAAAGACCAUAACCUGACGUGCGAAGUCCGUAGGCAGUCGCAGAGAGAAGGGGAGAAUGACUUCUUGAUAAAGAAGAUGAAAUUGAGUUGGACUUGAGAAGUGCACGACGGCUUAUGGACACUUCGAUAGCCGCAGGUGUGAUUUUUUAUAGCUCUGGCGCAGCUAGGCGCAACUGAUGCGCGCUUCUUUAAACUUUUAAGCGUACAAAUAAGGCUCUAAGUAAUAUGGGCCUUAAAAAAUCCAAAAAAGCGCAUAAAUAUAGCGCAUAUGGCGCAUGCGAUGGCGAAGCCGCAUACAUGGCGAUGCCACAGAUAAACGCAUCGCCAGACCCCGGUAUUGUGGCGAAGCCCUCUACGAAUGGCGAUCGUCAUUUGUGUCAUCGACUACUCUGGUCGCAAGAUUUCCAAUCUCGUCAACUUGAAUAGUUUGAUAGUUGAUACUUUGGUUUUUUUUCUAUUAAGUGCAGCAACUGUAUAUUGGGUGAUGUUUUUUAAUUGUUGCUAGGGUACAUUUGGGUAAUUACUUAACUGUAACUAUUUUGUCACUGGAUUGGCCAACCUGAUUCUCUUAUAUUUUUCUGGAACUAUUUGCUUCAAUUCUGAAUCAUUUUCAUUUACCCCAGUGCCGCAAAGGCUCCCAACUACGGUGGGGUAGGGGGGUCGGAUGUAUUCCGGAUGACCCAUAGUGAAAAUCGCGUUCAAAUUUGCAUGGACUGACCGUUGCUCCAUAACAAAGAAGCGCAGACAGAUUAGUGAGCCAUUUUGCUUUAUUCCGAAUCAAAUGUGCAAUAAAUAUUGCGAGACACGUGAUUCUUCUUCACUUUUAUACAUGAUGUAUUUGUGUUGUAAGAUUUCCAAUCUCGGCAACAUGUUUUCGUGAAUAGCUUGAUAGUUUAUACUAACAACUUCUGUGUUUUGUCUAUUAAGUGCAGCAACUGUGUAUUGGGUGAUGUUUUUCAAUAGUUGCUAGGCUACAUUUGGGUAAUUACUUAACUGUAACUAAUUUGUCACUCUUUGUGGAAAGGAAUGAAAGGGGAGGAGGUGGAGGUGGAGGUGGAGGUGGACGAGGAUGUAGAUGGUGAUGGAGAUGUAUUUGUGAAAAAUAAUUAAUACGGAAGUAACAUGUGCAGACACCAACAACACACAAGCUAGUGUGCUAUUUAUUGGCGGUUAAUCAAACUGUGUUUGUUAGAUGUUUGGUAGUGUUAGAACUAUUUAUCAUCUCACAAUUAAAUUGCUCUAUUUAUGAUCUAAUUGGGCAAAACAGAGUUGUUUGUAUUUUCUAGUUAAUAGAAGAAUAUGCUUCUUCAAGAUUCAUGAAUUACCCAGAUACUUAACAUUAUGAUCUUAGAUUCAUGCUUCUUUUGUCUGAUUGAGG